AUGGCGAGUGCUGAUGGGGCAGAGCCCGAUGCUGAGGGUGCAGAGGAGGCUGAAGAGGCUAUCUAUGAGGAGGUGGUGCCCUGUGACAGGAUGGAGCUGAGCCAGCGGAUGGCCGUGGAGGAGCUCAUCACCACCGAGGCCAGCUACGUCCACAACAUCCAGCUCUGCGUGUCAGACAUCCGGGCACACCUCCAGAAAAAGCAGCUGCCUGACCUUGACUUGGAAGGACUCUUCUCUAACACCGACGACAUCCUCAAUGUCUCCAGACGGUUUCUGAAGGGUCUUGAGGCCACAACCACCCAGGGGCAGGAGCAGCUGCUCUGCAUCAGCACCCUGUUCCAGGAGUUCAAGGAAGAGAUGGAGGCUGUCUACAAGACAUACUGUGCCAGCUAUGAUCAUGCCCUGCAGCUGGUGGAGAGCUACUGCAGGCACCCCAGGCUGCAGGAGGAGAUCUUGGACACCCUGAAUGCCACAGUACCUCACACAGGUGCAUCAGACCUCAGCUUCUUCCUGGUGAUGCCAGUGCAGAGGGUCACCAAAUAUCCUCUGCUGCUGGGGAAGAUCCUGGAGAACACCCCAAGCAGUGCCAGUGCCUACUCAGCCCUGCAGGCAGCUGUCCGUGCCAUGACCCAGGUCAAUGCCAACAUCAACGAGUACAAACGGCGCAGGGAAGUAGCAACCAAGUACACCAAGGCCGAGCACCUGUCUCUGCGCGAUCGCCUCGCUCGCCUCAACACUCACUCCAUCGCCAAGAAGACCACACGGCUGAGCAGACUCCUGAUGCAUGAGGCUGGCAUUGUGGCCAAGACAGAGGACAAGGAGUAUGAUGACCUGGAAGAGAAGUUCCAGUGUAUGGUGUCCAGCGUGGCCACACUGAAGGAGAACGUGGCAUCCUACAUGGGCCACUUAGAGGCUCUCCUGUUGCCCACCCCACACCAGUGUGACUUGCAGAUGGACGAGGGACCUGCCCAGCACUAUCGCCGCUUCGCAGAGUACCUCCAGUGCACAGUCUACCCAGAGUUUAAGCGACGGCUGGACAGGCUGGUCUGGCAGCCCCUCUGCAGCCUCUCAGACCUGCUGGAGGGGCCACAGCAGCUGGUCAAGCAGCGCCUGGACAAGCUGCUGGACUACGAGGAGAUCCAGGAGCGGAAAAGCGAGAUGGGCAGUGUGACGUAUGAUGAGGAGGCAGCCAUGAACACCUACCUGGCCAUCAACGACCUGCUCGUGGCUGAGCUCCCACAGUUCAACCAGGUGGCUGUGCAGCUCCUGGGGCAGAUCUUGUGCUCCUUCAGCACCCUGCAGCAGGAUUUGGCUGCCCAGGUCCUGCAGCAGGCAGAAAAGGAGCUAGAGCAGAUGCCCCAUGGCCACAUGCCUCUGCCCAGCUUCUGGAAGGUGAUGGAAGACACCUUGCAGCAGUCAGGUGCUCAGCUCCAAACCUUCUGUCAGACCUUCGAGACGGUCACGCCGAGCCCUGUGGCACAGCCCCUGAACCCUGCUGAGGAGCGGAAGGUCCUGUCCCUUGUGAGCAAACACGGCCCAGACAAACUUUACCAAGUGACAAGCAACAUCAGUGGCAGCAAAGACCUGGACCUGACCUUGCUGAGGGGACAGAUUGUAGCUCUGCUGCAGAGCAUGGACACCAAGGGGAACACGAGCAGAUGGCUGGUGGAUGCUGGAGGUCCCCGAGGGUUUGUUCCUGCUGGAAAACUCCGUCCCUAUUGCCCAGUACAAAGCCAACAGCCUGGGCUGCAGUUGCUAACCCUGGAGAGUGGCACAGAGAGACGGCGACAUUCCUAUGCAUCACCUGAAGCUCCCAGGCCCCAGGUGCCCUCCUUCACCCCAACACUCCAGGUGGUCGCUGGUUUCUCCUUCGCAGCCAGGAGCCCGCAGGAGGUGAGCCUGCAGGCAGGACAGCCCGUGGUGGUGCUGGAGCCACACGACAAGAAGGGCAGCACGGAGUGGAGCCUGGUGGAGGUGAAUGGCCAGAGGGGCUAUGUGCCCUCCAGCUACCUGGUGACCAUCCCCAUGCAGGACCCCACGGGCUGGAGCUUGCCCGUGUGA